AUGAAGAAGGUUUAUUAUCAUCCAAAUAUAAUUAAAUUUUGUGGAGUUACAGAAUCAAAAGAUGAAAUCACUAAGAAAGCAAAUUAUUUACUUGAUGCUAUUUUAAAUGGAAAGAGAGAGAUACCUAUUCCAAACACAAAUACUAAAUUUGUUGAACUUUAUCAAAAAUGUUGGGAAUAUAAACCAGAUGAUAGACCGAAUAUUCAAGGAGUUAUGGAUGAGCUUAACAGCAUUGAUGUUAAUUGUAAAAAUUAUGAUCUAUAUACUGCUGAAAUUGAUGACAAAAAUGAUACGAAACAAUCAAAAAAUACAGAUAAUCAUGAAGAACUUGAUAUAUUAGAUUAUCUUUAA